AGGGCAGCCGUAUGACCGCACGGGUGAGGCUCGCUACAGGGAAGCCUGUAAAACACUUAAGGUCGUCCCUUCCUCCUACUUCCUCAGGAAUAUGCACAACAGUGAGCUAAACUUGACUCACCAUGGUCUGGGUCCCCAGGGUACCAAAGCGCUCGCAGUUCCCUUGGUAACCAAUAUCUCCAUCGUGAGGCUGAACCUGCGGGAUAAUUGGAUGGAGGCGCCGGGCGGGUCUGUCGUGGCGGAGCUGCUGAAGGAGAACUGUUACAUCACAGAAAUCAACCUAUCAGAGAACAGACUGGGAGAGAGGGGAGCUGAGGCCCUGUGCCGUAUGCUUUUGGAGAACACCACCUUAGUGUCUCUCAGCCUCUCAGCCAAUGAGCUCAAUGAUAACGCUGCCAAGCACCUGUCACUGGCCAUUACCACCAAUCAGAGACUAGAGAGGCUGGACCUCAGUCACAACAAACUGGGAGAUGCAGCAGGGGAGACCCUGGGGCAUGCGGUAGCUGAGAACAUGGGCAUGAACUCACUCAAUCUGGCGUGGAACUGCAUCCGAGAGAGAGGAGCCAUAGUCUUGGCUAAAGGCCUCGGGGCAAACAUAUUUCUGCGAAAGCUGGAUCUGUCCUACAACGGCCUGGGGAAGGAUGGAGCCGUGGCCCUCGGAGAGGCCCUGAGAGAAAACAACACCCUGGAGGAGCUGAACAUCAGUAACAACCGUAUACCCCCUGAGGGUGCCAUCCGAUUAUCGAUAGGCCUUAAAGUAAACAAGACAGUCAGAGUUCUCAAGAUGGCAAGGAAUCCCAUGCAGUCUGCAGGGUGCUACGGGAUCCUCGCCUCAAUCCAAUUCAACCCAGCUUCAGUAAUGGAGUACUUGGACUUUAGUGACAUCACCGUAAAUCCGGAUUUUGAUGCCUUGUACAAGACUGUACAGGAAACAUUUCCCAGUCUACUGGUCAAACAUGGAGGAAGAGUGAAUGCUUACAAGGCACCUACCUGAGGACUGUUUGUUUUCUGUAUUAUAUAAUUAAACAAUAAUGUAACAAUUAUAAA